AUGGAACGCCGAGUCACAUCUAGGAAUGUGAGCCUGGACUGGAUAGAGGGAAAUGAUCAAGAUAGGGGAAUUGUCUCAUCACAUCUUAUUCAAAAGACAUAUGCUCGGCUGAAACUCCAGUACGCAGAAAAUUUGCGCCAGAAUUGGGUUGAACAAUUCGAAUCAUCCAACCAAGUCCUUGAGCAGCUAUCUCUCGCUGCAUGCCUAAUCGAACUAUGGAGAAGCAUGUACGGCGUUCUACCAGCAACAGAACAAGAUCAGUCAUCAAAAAACACAGCGCUGUUUCCAGGGUUCGUGGACCUGGCUUGUGGGAAUGGUAUCCUCGUGUAUGUACUUCUCAUGGAAGGAUACAAUGGGUUAGGCUUUGACGCUUGCCGUCGAGCCUCCUGGUUAAAGUUUCCAGUCGAGAUACAAGAAUGUCUGGAAGAGAGAAUUUUCAUCCCUCGACCUUUCGUGGAUGUACUAGACGUGGAAGAAAUUGGCGUGAAGAUACACACCGGCGAUUUCCCGGAUAACACCUUCAUCAUAUCCGACCAUGCAGACGAGCUUACUGUAUGGACUCCUAUUAUGGCUGCUCUAUCAAGUCCCUCCUCGCCAUUGCCAUUUUUUGUGAUUCCGUGCUGUUCUCGUUCACUUGCUGGUUCUUCAUAUCGCUAUCCCCCGCCAAAAGGGGGUGACCCAAUACAGAAGAGUGCGAAUGGCAAUCCUACCACAGGGGAAGUCGAUGAUGCCAUAGAGCAGAAUCUACAGCCUGCAUCUGGUGACUUGAGGGCGCUUCGUGCAAUUAAGAUCAAAGAGAAGACCGAGAGCGGGUUUCUGAAUUCAAUGAUUGGAUCUCUCACUGCAAAAACAAUGAGUAUUGCCGAGGAAAUUGGGUUCAAUGUUGAGAAGACAUGGCUACGUACUCCGGGUGCGAUUAACAUGACAUUGAUUGGAGGCCGGCAGCCGGUCGCAAGAGAGUGGCUAAAGAGCCCGAAUUCCAGAGGUUCUCCGACGAAAGCCAACCAAGAGGAUGCCAUUUUGAAGAAUAUAAUGAAAGUGGUUGAACGCGAAUGCUCCAAAGAUGGUGGCAUCCGGGUAGCUGCUAAACUUUGGGUUGAACGGACGAAGAGUCUUCACCAGGAACAGGGGACAGUACACCAAUUCAACUAA